AUGCCUACUCGAAUAAUACUAAUGAGUGGCUUUAAAAAGGUUCUGAAUUUCAAUGGAUUAGUACUGAUUCCUAAAACGCCAUAUACUAAACUUAGUGUGAAUUCCAUCAACCCCAAUGUUGUGCGUUUGGAAUAUGCUGUACGUGGUCCGAUUGUUCAAAGAGCUCAGGAAAUAGAAGACUCCUUAAAGAAGGGUGAAAAGAAAGGUUUUGAUCAAAUUAUCAAGUGCAACAUUGGCGACUGUCAGGCUGCAGGACAAAAACCAAUCACAUUCAUACGCAACGUAUUGAGUGUGGCCACUAGUCCGGAUCUUUUCAAGAGUUCCUCUAUUCCUGAUGAUGCGAAAAUGAGAGCAAAGCGAUUUUUGGAUAGCUGCGGAGGUAGUGUUGGUGUUUACAGUCAAUCAACUGGGGUACAAAUUGUCCGCGAGGAUGUUGCUCGUUAUAUCCAGAAUCGAGAUGGAUUGCCGGCUAAUCCAAACAACAUAUUCCUAUCCUCGGGCGCCAGUGAAUCCAUUCUACAACUUUUGGCAACCGGCGGCGAUGAAUCGAAGCGCGCUGGAAUCAUGGUUCCCAUACCCCAGUAUCCACUCUAUUCUGCCACAAAUGCGGAGUACAAUGCAUAUCAGGUAUGUACCUUUCUGGUUGGUGUACGUCAAACAAACUCAUGGGGAACAAAUCUGUUCACAUUUUAUACUGAUAUGGAAUUUAGAACGUUCUUCACCAUGUACAGCUUCAUAUACAUACUACUGAAAAACCCAUAG